AUGGCAGACGUGCCGAAUGUAAGCACAAAUUCAACACGAUGCUUCCUCACGCUCGCAGUCACUGCCAUCCUCUCGCCUCUCCGACUUUUUUCCUUCUCUUCUGAGCACUCUGUCGGCGGCUCGGCUCCGAGAGAGUUAGUGAGUGUGUGCAGCUCUGCCGUCAGUGACGAAGCGAACUCAGAAUUCGAUUGCCUCCCUGGUCGACAAGAUGUCCCGGGUGCACUCCAUCCUCUUGUAUGA